AGUUUGGCCACCGCCGCCGCCGCCGCCCCGGGCCCCGCCAGGAGGAGCCGCCGCCGCUCCCGGCCCCGCCAUGGGGAACCGCGGCAUGGAGGAGCUCAUCCCGCUGGUCAACAAGCUGCAGGACGCCUUCAGCUCCAUCGGCCAGAGCUGCCACCUCGACCUGCCGCAGAUCGCCGUGGUGGGCGGGCAGAGCGCGGGCAAGAGCUCGGUGCUCGAGAACUUCGUGGGCCGGGAUUUCCUCCCCCGCGGCUCCGGAAUCGUCACUCGCCGGCCUCUCAUCCUGCAGCUCAUCUUCUCCAAGACAGAGUAUGCCGAGUUCCUGCACUGCAAGUCCAAGAAGUUCACGGACUUCGACGAGGUGCGGCAGGAGAUCGAGGCCGAGACCGACCGGGUGACGGGCACCAACAAGGGCAUCUCCCCCGUGCCCAUCAACCUGCGCGUCUACUCGCCCCACGUGCUGAACCUGACCCUGAUCGACCUGCCCGGCAUCACCAAGGUGCCGGUGGGGGACCAGCCCCAGGACAUCGAGUUCCAGAUCAGGGACAUGAUCCUGCAGUUCAUCAGCAGGGAGAGCAGCCUCAUCCUGGCCGUCACCCCGGCCAACAUGGACCUGGCCAACUCCGACGCCCUCAAGAUGGCCAAGGAGGUCGAUCCUCAAGGGCUGAGGACGAUCGGGGUCAUCACCAAGCUGGACCUGAUGGACGAGGGCACCGACGCCCGGGACGUGCUGGAGAACAAACUGCUGCCCUUACGGAGAGGGUACAUCGGGGUGGUGAACCGCAGCCAGAAGGACAUCGACGGCAAGAAGGACAUCCGGGCCGCGCUGGCGGCCGAGCGCAAGUUCUUCCUGUCCCACCCGGCCUACCGGCACAUGGCCGAGCGCAUGGGCACCCCCCACCUCCAGAGGGUCCUCAACCAGCAACUCACCAACCACAUCCGCGAGACGCUGCCCUCGCUGCGCAGCAAACUGCAGAGCCAGCUGCUGUCCCUGGAGAAGGAGGUGGAGGAGUACAAGAACUUCCGCCCCGACGACCCCACGCGCAAAACCAAAGCCUUGCUGCAGAUGGUCCAGCAGUUCGGUGUGGACUUCGAGAAGCGGAUCGAGGGCUCGGGAGACCAGGUGGACACUCUGGAGCUCUCCGGGGGUGCCAGGAUCAACCGGAUUUUCCACGAGAGGUUCCCCUUUGAGCUCGUGAAGAUGGAAUUCGACGAGAAGGAUCUGAGGAGGGAGAUCAGCUACGCCAUCAAGAACAUCCACGGGGUGAGGACGGGGCUGUUCACGCCGGAUUUGGCCUUCGAGGCCAUCGUGAAGAAGCAGGUGGUGAAGCUGAAGGAGCCGUGCCUGAAAUGCGUCGACCUCGUCAUCCAGGAGCUCAUCAACACCGUGCGCCAGUGCACCAGUAAGCUCGGUUCCUACCCCAGGUUGCGGGAGGAGACGGAGCGGAUCGUCACCACCCACAUCCGGGAGCGCGAGGGCAAGACCAAGGACCAGAUCCUGCUGCUGAUCGACAUCGAGCUCUCCUACAUCAACACCAACCACGAGGAUUUCAUCGGAUUUGCCAACUGUUUCACUGAGCAGCACGUGGCGACCGGCGCUCAGCAGAGGAACACGCAGACCAACAAGAAGAGGGCGAUCCCCAACCAGGGGGAGAUCCUGGUGAUCCGCAGGGGCUGGCUGACCAUCAACAACAUCAGCAUCAUGAAGGGCGGCUCCAAGGAGUACUGGUUCGUGCUCACGGCGGAGUCGCUCUCCUGGUACAAGGAUGAGGAGGAGAAGGAGAAGAAGUACAUGCUGCCCCUGGAUAACCUGAAGAUCAGGGAUGUGGAGAAGGGAUUCAUGUCCACCAAACACGUCUUUGCCAUCUUCAACACGGAGCAGAGGAACGUGUACAAGGAUCUGCGGCAGAUCGAGCUGGCCUGCGACUCCCAGGAGGACGUGGACAGCUGGAAAGCCUCCUUCCUGCGGGCGGGGGUUUAUCCUGAGAAAGACCAAACAGAGAGCGAGGACGGGGCGCAGGAAAACACCUUCUCCAUGGACCCCCAGCUGGAGCGGCAGGUGGAGACCAUCCGGAACCUCGUGGACUCCUACGUGGGGAUCAUCAACAAAUCCAUCCGGGACCUCAUGCCAAAGACCAUCAUGCACCUCAUGAUCAACAAUACCAAGGAUUUCAUCCACUCGGAGCUGCUGGCCUACCUGUACUCGUCGGCUGACCAGGGCAGCCUGAUGGAGGAGUCGGCGGAGCAGGCGCAGCGCCGGGACGAGAUGCUGCGCAUGUACCACGCGCUCAAGGAGGCGCUGGGCAUCAUCGGCGACAUCAGCACCAGCACCGUGUCCACACCUGUGCCACCCCCCGUGGACGACACCUGGCUGCAGCCCGGCCCCGCCCACAGCGCCGCCCGCCCUCGGCCCUGGGCCCCCGGCCGCCCGCCCUCGGUGCGGGGCCCGACCCCAGGGCCGCCUCCGCUGCUGCCCCUGCCUGGGGGCCUCCCCGCCGCCCCCAUCCCGUCCCGCCUCGGCCCCCAGAGCGUCUUCCCCCGCCGGCAGCGACCCUUCUCGGCGCCCCCAGAUCCCUCGCGGCCCGCACGCAUCCUCCGGCAUCCCCUCGGCGUGCCCAGGAGACCCCCGGCCGCCCUGAACCGCCCCACCAUCAUCCGCCCGGCCGAGCCCUCCCUGCUGGAUUAA